AUGACGCAAGUAGCCACAGCGACGUGGGCGUCUUGUGUCACGCUCACGUACACCACCGCCCUUCUCGUCGGAGUCGCCGCCACGGCUCACGGCCGCGGCUACUACGGCGGGACCUUGCACUGGGAGGCAGACGAUUCGACGCCGCCUCUCGAGGGCUUCGUGAGAAUUCGCAUCGUGUCCUCCCUGGCGCUGCACUCGACGGCAAACUGUUCGCUGAACAAGACCUGGAGCUGCCCGGCAGGGAGUGCUGAGCCGCAGGUGCAGGGAAGAUACCGAUGUGCCGGGGCCAGCGAGGGCGAUGGCUGGAAAAUGUUGACGAGCAGCUUCACGAUGUUAACCAAGGGUGGCACGGCUGAACACCGGUCUUGCUGUUGGUGCAAUGCGUCGCUCGUAAGCGCGACGGAGACGAAGCCUCCCCUCGACAGCUAUGGCUACUUGCUGGCGUCCAGCAUCGACCCGAGGACCAGGAGCGACACGAACCAGUCCAACAACUCCCCCAAAGUCGCAUUCCCCCCUCUACUCCGCGUGAACGGCGCCUGCGAGUCCGAGCAGCGCGUCGUGGCGUCUGACGCCGACGGGGACCGCGUGAGGUGCCGCUACGCACGCGGCCCCGAGUGCGAGGACGGCGGCUGCGGCACCUUCCCCAAUGCUCAGCUCUUGGAGGAUCUGUGCGUGUUCAGGUUUGGGGGGCCGACGAGGGGUCUCCCUCUCGCCGGGACGUACGGCGUGACGGUCGUGGUCGAGGACACUCCCGCGUCCACCAUUCACCUCGACGAGUCUGCCAAGGGGCCGUACGACGUGCUGUCCUCCGUGCCGCUGCAUUUCACAGUCGUCGUCUCAUACUCGGGGUUCCCCUGCACCUCGAAGCCAGCGUUCGUAGGCUUGACGCCACUGCCGGGGGCCUCCUUGUGCACUCAAGUGGGCCGCACGCUCAACGUGCCCAUCAACGUGGUGACCUUCCAGACGCCGCCGGCGGAUGCUUCCAUUACCCACGUGGUUGUCUAUGGACAAGACAUUCUCACUGGCAGUGUUGCCAGAAACUACAAGGACCCCAGCUUGUUCCAAACGUACCUCAAGUGGAAGAUCGCCUCCAAUGAUGUGGGGAAGCACUUGAUCUGCUUCUUUGCGGUGGACUCUGCCGGCCAGCAGAGUGAUUUGAGAUGCAUCACGGUGGUGGUGUCGGAUUCAUAUUUGCCCUUUCAACGAAUACUGGAAAAACUGUCGCCACUGGCACCUGUCCAGAUGUCCAUCAGCAGCAAUGCCACCUAUGCCGAUACGGUCACUUUCAUCGUGACCUUUAGCGACCCGGUCGUUUCCACCCUCGAUGCCAGGGCCCACGUCCGCUUCUACGAGGUGGAGAGCGGCCGCCUCGCGCACCGCAUCAACGCCUCCGACUGCGCCAGGGUGCGGGUGAACCCCCACGACGAGAGGGAGCUCUCCGUCAGCACGCCCCCGUUCACGUUCCGGGGCGCGACGCGCUACUGCAUGAAGCUGGAUGGGGCCGUGGUGCAGGGGGCCGUGGUGCAGGGGGCCACUCGCGUCGACUCUGAGCCCCACGAGGAGUGCACGUGGAUUUUCUUCUUUCAGCGCAUCGUGUUCGCUUCGGGUUGCGGUGGCGGCGAUCCGCACUACAAGUCCUUUGAUGGUCUCCGCUUCGACUACAUGGGGACCAAGCCGUUCCUGCUGGCAGGAACGUGCAACAAGACGGCCGACGAAUGGGCUGUUUAUGCCAAGAACGAGCGCUGGGGAACACAAACCGUGAGCUGGACGAAGAAGGCGUGGAUCUUUGUGCACGGAUUUCAAGUCGUGCUCGACAGUUCUGGAGCAUGGGUGAACGAUGUUGCUGUGAAUAUGCCAUACAGGGACCCGUUGUACCAAUUCCACAUCUUCAAAUCGCAAAACGAUCACGUGCUGAGGACAAACCUGGAGUUUUCGGUGAAAUUCGGCGAUUCCCGUGUUGUCGUCGAGUUGGAAAACCCGGUCCGCUACGGGAGUAUGACGUGCGGUUUGCUGGGUAACUACGACGGCAGCGUGGCCGAUGAUUGGACCGCCCCGGACUUUAGUGCCACAACCGGAGCUCUGUUUGGAAAUUACUGGAUCGUGGACUUUUUGGGGGAGAGCGGGCUUCCAGACGACGGGUCGUCGAGCCGUUUUGGCCAGCAAAGAGCCGGCACCUUGUUCGGUUCUGCCGACGCGUGCAAAGAGCUUGACGCCGGAGAGUCGGGUCCCCUGGCUGAGUGCAGCGCGACGGUGGCCAUGGGACCCUACCACGCGGCGUGCGUCUACGACCUCUCUGUGGAGCACCUCAUGGACAUGCACGCGGGCCUCUGCCGGGCCCUGCAGGCCUACGUGGACGAUUGCUACGCGGCCGGAGGACGCGUCAACGCCACUUGGCGGAACGUCACUGGCUGCAUGCACAGCUGCCCCCCGACAUCGGUGUACUCCACGGUGGCCUCCGCCUGCCCCGCGUCCUGCGGCGAUCACAACGCCGAGCUCGGUUGUGGCGACCCUCCCCGGGAAGGCUGCGUGUGUCCAGCUGGGCACAUCUGGGACAAGGAUUCCUGCGUGCUGCCUUCUGAGUGUGGAUGCACAAGCAGUGGGAAAUACUUUCCGGUGGGCGACUCGUACAUGGACGGGAACUGCAGCGUGCGGUGCACGUGCAUGAGUCUGGACGUCGCCUCGUGCCAGCCGUACGUGCACAACGCCACCACGUCCUACUGUGGCGUGGACGCGGACGGCGUCCAUGGCAGCCAUCCCAGAUGGGCCACGUGUUACGUGGGAGGCUCGAAUCGUUUCAAAACGUUUGACGGCUAUCCGUACACCUACCAAGGGACCCAGCACCUCGUCCUGGCGAAGCCAUGUGGUUCUCAAUCUGGGGAGGCGUGGAGUGUGCUCGUGAAGAGCAAGCCCUUGCUUCCCUUGUGGACGGGCUCCGAGCUGCUGGAAGUCCACGUGUCGGUCUACGGAUUAACGUUGAAGUUGUUUCGUUCUGGUAAUUUAUUGGUUGAUGGCAUGCCCACGGGCGUUCCGUUCAUGUACCCGAGCAGAGAUUCCCACCUCUUGGUCGUAGCGAAUUCGGGCAGCUUCUUAAUCCUCGACACUGCCGCCGUGCUUGGCUUGCAAGUUCACCUCGACUUAGGGGCGGGGUACGCGUACGUCAGAGUGCGCACCUCCUACUGGGGGCGAGUGUGCGGCCUGUGCGGGAACAUGAACGGCGACGCUGCCGACGACUUGAGGCUGCCCACCGGAGCCAUCGCCCGCGACGCUGCGGUCUUCGGCGACGCAUGGGCGGCGGCGGCGGUCGAUUGGAACGCUGGCUUUAAACAAGGAGCGCCGAGUGCAGCGGUGGUCGUGGACGCGCGUCUCCUGAACAACAGCUGCGCGAGGCUGCUGGGCGAUGCCGUGCUGAGACGGUGCCACGGCGUCGUGGACGUCGUCCCCCACUACGACAACUGCGUCGCCGACCUGCCACUCGAGCCCGCCGUGCCGGCAGCCUGUCGGGCGCUGGCGGCCUACGCUGCUGUCUGCGCUCUCGCCGGCGUGCCGCUGUGGGACUGGAGGGCGAGCACUCGCUGCCUGGCCCCGGCGUGCCCGCAGAACAGCCACCACGAGACGUGCGCCGUCUCGUGCCCUCCCACGUGCACCGACCUGCAGGCCGAGAAGGACUGCGUCGUGAAGGCGCCCUGCCUGGAAGGCUGCACGUGUGACUUCGGCUUCGUCUGGAGCGGCGGUCGCUGCGUGCUGCCCGAUCAGUGCGGGUGCAUCGACGGCGCCCGCUACUACGAGGUUGGAUCCACAUUUCGCAACGCCAACUGCACAAGUUUGUGCAAAUGCACACCAAGCCGCAGGGUCGUGUGUAGCCCGUUCCCUUGCGAGGGCUUCUGCGUCCUUAAAGAUGAGAAUCGUUACUGCGUCCCGAAGAAAAAACAGUGCCACACCGUGGGUGACUCCCACUACCGCACCUUUGACGGGAUGACAUUUGACGUCCACCACGCGUGCAACUACACACUGCUCACUCUGCUGUCCAAGCCGGGCUGCAGCGUCGUGGCCAGGCUUGAGCAGAAGCCGCUUUCCGCUACGGCCUCCACCGUGGCCUUGUACAUCACGGAAGGAGCGGACACCAUCACCCUGGCGAGGGGCACUGCCGUCUACGUUGACGGCAUUCGAAGGAACCUCCCUGUGGCCACUGCCUCGUUUGUCGUCCUGGAGAGCGCUGGGCACGUGGUCUUGUUCAGCAUCGCGGAGCCGUACCUGGUGAGGUAUGACGGCAGGGGCACGGCCAUGAUCGAGGUGCUCUCUCUGACCAACCGCACCGGUGGAUUGUGCGGCAACAACAAUGGCAGGGAGGACGAUUUCGGCGACGUGGUGGCGUUUGCCAACAGCUGGGCCGCUCCUCCAAAUAAUUCCAACUGUGAUCUGAGGAACUCUGCGGCGUUGGGCACGACGCCCCAGUGGGCGGCUCCAGCCGCGAGCAGCGGGGCCUGCUGGGUGCUGACCAACCCGACGGGGCCGUUCGCCGCCUGCCACGCGGUGCGCUCCCCCGCCUGGUGGUUCCAGAGCUGCGUGGCGGACGCGGCCCUGCCGGGCGGCCACGAGCCCACGGCGGCGUGCGCCCUGCUGCACGACUACCAUGCGCUGUGUCGCGAGGUCUCCGUCUACGUCGGCGAGUGGCGGGCAGCCGCUCGUUGCGAGCUCGCGUGCCCGCCCCACAGCCAGUACACGCUGUGUGCCCAGAUGUGUCCCCCCUCGUGCGCCACGGCUGACGAGGAGGUGGUCUGCGACUGGCCCUGCGUCGAGGGCUGCCAGUGCCACGUGGGCUACUUCAAGCACGACGGCGAAUGUGUCGCGCAGGAGGACUGUGGCUGUGUCGAGGAGAGCAGCGGCGGGGGCUUCUUUUACCACCCGAUCAACGCUGAGUUUUACAACUCCAACUGCUCUCUGCUCUACACGUGCCAGCGCAACCGGACUCUGACCAGCGCACCCACCGUCUGCCCCGCGUCGCAGUGCAGAUUCUCCGAUGGGGCUUACCGCUGCGAGCAGGAUGGCCGCAUGGAGGUGGAGUGCCGCGAUGAGCGAAUGGUCGCCAGGAUCCCGAAGGACGUCCUCCUGGGACACGGCGCCGCCUCGCUCAGGCUGCGCACGCAGGCGGCGGGCUGCGCGCUGCGGGACGAUGGGAAGUUCGUCACGUUCAACGUCUCGCUCGCCGGUUGCGGGACCGACUUUGAGGAAAAGGAAAGUGACUUUGUGUUCACACAAACUGUAACCCUUGCGACUGCCGAUAGCAGCAUGGUCGUGACGUACGACUACAUCAACAUCCUCGUCAAUGCAAUAUGCAAAAUUCCGAGGUUCAAGUUGCUGAGUCAAGGUGUCUUCAAGGCGAAUUGGUCUAAAAUGUCCUUGGAACAGAUCGCUUAUGCACGCCUGGAUCUGAAGAUGGAUUUCUACAUGGAUGCACAGUUUACGGAGGCUCUCUCUCCCAGCCAGUACCCACUGAGCGUGUCGCUGGGCCAAUACUUGUACCUUCAGGUGUCGAUCAAAAGCAGCCUUGACCUCGCGCUUUUCACCAUAGACUGCUACGCUACGCCCACCAGCAACUCCCAGGACUUGGUAAAGCACUACCUCAUCUCUGAUGGGUGCCUCGCCACGAACGUCCACAACCACACGGCCAGCCGGACGAUGCAGCGCUUCAGUUUCAAAGCUUUCUCCUUCACAAUGGCAAACGCACACCACUUCUACGUCCACUGCUACAUGUUGGUGUGCAAGACAACGGAGCUGGACUCGAGGUGCUGGAGGGGCUGCGUGACGCAGCAGCAGCAGCAGCGACGGAGGAGCAGCAGCAGCAUCUCGUCUGUGUCCACGCCGGUCUACCUGCUCACCCGUGGUCCCCUCGUGAGGUGGAGUGACGAGAUUCCUGCGCUGGAAGGGAUGGUGCACUUCAGCACGCCCGUUAUGAUGGUUGUGGCUGCUUGUGCCACCGCUCUGCUCGUGCUUGCCGUUGCCUCUGGUGCUGUUUCUGUCAUGGACGCGGGUCAAUUCAAAGGAACCCAGUGUGCGCAGACUAAUAAACCUCAACCGAAGGUCGUGGGCUGA